AUGGACGCGGCUCACUUCGAGGGAGGUCGUGGACGUGCUCGGAACCGCGGGGAGGCAUCGGUGGUGGAGAUCGACGGUGAUGGCGCCGUGGCCGUGGUGGGGAAGACGACUGGAUGGCGAGGUUGUGGAGGGCUUCAGCUCGAACUGGAGGUUGUAGGCGAUGUACAUGUCGGCGAUGAAGCUCCUGGUCAUCAUCCCAAACGCCGGGGAGCAUGGUGGCCAUGA